GGCAGAUUAAGAGAUAGAGACAAUGACGAAGGUCAUCAAUGUUGUGAAUAAGCUUAUAUAAAGACGAGGUCGUCCACCUUGAAAGUGAACUAUGUUUAAGCCAAAGUCGACAAAACACUGUUGACUUAUACCGCACUUCACACCAAUACACCAUGGCAAAUCCAACAAAAGACAAUCUCUAUGGCUACGAUGCCAACAAGAUCCUCCCAAUUAUUGCUUCGGUGAUAAUAGGAAUAUCGCUCAUAGGGCAUUAUAUCCAGAAUACUCGAUACAAGUUCUGGCGAGUUACCUUCUUCAUGUUCUACGCCGGUCUAUUCUUCUGCAUCGGAUGGGUCGUGAGAGCUAUCUCGGUACGAAAACCAGACAGCCUUCCCUUAUACAUGAUCUCGAGCAUCUUUAUCUACCUCGCCCCGCCGGUCUACUCAGCUGCUGAAUACAACACUCUUGGCCGUCUGAUGCACUACCUACCAAUGCACUCCAUCAUCAAUCCGAACCGAAUCGUAUACAUAUUUGUCUUCUUGGGUUCUCUUGUUGAGGUUCUAACUGCUAUUGGUGCUUCAUGGAUGGCAGCUGGUAAUGGUCGACAGGAUGAGGAUCGACUGACUGCUGGUGCAACCUUCAUGGCCAUCGCGGUUAUUCUCCAAGGGACGAUCGAGAUUGGCUUUAUUGCCAUGGUCGGAAUUCUCCACAGGCGAUGUUCCAAAGCUAAUAUGCUGCCCUCUAAUGUGCGAACAUUGUUCAUCAUGCUUUACGGCACAUCGAUCCUCAUCCUGAUCCGCUGUGUCUUCCGCGCCGUCGAGACCUUUGAGCUCAGAGAUAUUCUUUCCAGCCGAGAAGACAACAGCCACGCACUUAUGAAACGUGAAUGGCCCUUUUACGUCCUGGAAGCCAUUCCUGUCGCUCUAUAUACAUACUGGCUCAAUAUUAUCCACCCAGGACGAUAUCUACCUCACGACCAACGUCAAUAUCUCGACUUUGACGGCAAAACAGAACGCAUGGGACCUGGAUGGAUUCAUAAGAGACACUGGGCAAUGUACGCAGCAGAUCCGUUUGACUUCAUCGGAAUGUUGUCGAUGAAGAAGAGAGAUCCUUAUUAUCUUCGUCCGAAUGAGUGGCCUGAGACGGAGAAUUGUUUUGCUCAGGGUAGAGGAUCCAACGUUAAGCCGGGAAAGUACAAGGCGCAUUCCAAGAAUGAAUCGAAUGAGUCGAGUGUCUGAUGUAAUGGCCGGGGGUGAGCAGAUCUCGAUGGGGGAUCAUGUUUGAGAUAUAUACCCUCCUUGUAUAGUAACCCUACUUCUCUUUUGUCGAAGCGACUGUGUGCAAGAUAGACUUAUGAUAGCUUAAAUUCAUCACAUUCUUAGUAUAACAUUUGUCAAGUUUAGGCAUACUUUAGGAUAUAAUUAUAGUAGAUUAGUGUUCUUUUAUCAUCUUUAGGCUUUAUCAUCCAGACUUUCAGGGUCCGAUUAUGUGAUGGAUUCCGAGAUGCAUGCAGACGGGAAUAAACUUAAACAUAUUUGUUAAGCUUACAUUACAUGCCUCACAAGAUAAA